AUGUCCAAUUCUACCCAAGCCCAGACCAAAGCCGACGCCUCGGAACAGCCCCAGCAGCAACAGAAGCCUCAAGUGCUGGAGGAAGAUGAUGAAUUCGAGGAUUUCCCCGUUGAAGACUGGACCCAGGAAGAGACCGACCAGCAAACAGCCAACGACGGGAACGAGCACCUGUGGGAGGAGAGCUGGGAUGAUAAUGACAAGGAUGAAGACUUUUCGCAGCAGCUGAAGGAGGAGCUCAAGAAGGUCCAGGCGUCGCAGUAG